AUCAAAUAACUAUCUGGACCGUAGAAUAUGUUUCAGCUUCAACACCUUUUCAAAACCCUACUUCUUUUUCACCUCUCCCUGCAAAAUAGCUUCUCUGCCAGCCGCUGGGACAUUACAAACCACGACCGGCGAACCAGAUGGCUGAGAAGGGAGGACCGAUUGUUCCAGAGUCUGUGUUGAAGAAACAGAAAAGAAGCGAGGAAUGGGCUUUGGCCAAAAAGCAGGAGCUUGCUGCUUUGAAGGAGAAGAAGGCUGCAAACAGGAAGCUGAUUUACAGCAGAGCUAAGCAAUAUGCAAAGGAGUACGAGGAGCAGGAUAAGGAGCUGAUUCAGUUGAAGCGUGAGGCAAGGCUGAAAGGAGGAUUUUAUGUCAACCCUGAAGCUAAGCUGCUUUUCAUCGUUCGUAUUCGCGGUAUAAAUGCCAUGCACCCAAGGACAAAGAAGAUUUUGCAGCUGCUGCGUCUUCGGCAGAUUUUUAAUGGCGUGUUCCUAAAAGUUAACAAGGCAACGAUGAAUAUGUUACAUAGGGUUGAGCCAUAUGUGACUUAUGGGUACCCCAACCUGAAGAGUGUUAGAGAAUUGAUAUACAAGAGGGGUUAUGGCAAGGUCAAUAAGCAGCGUACCGCGUUGACAGACAAUGCAAUCAUUGAACAGACUCUUGGUAAACAUGGUAUUAUCUGCGUGGAAGAUCUUAUACAUGAGAUCAUGACUGUUGGACCUCAUUUUAAAGAGGCUAACAACUUUCUCUGGCCGUUCCAACUUAAAGCACCAUUAGGUGGUCUGAAGAAGAAGAGAAAUCAUUAUGUUGAAGGAGGAGAUGCUGGAAACCGUGAAGACUACAUCAAUGAACUUAUUAGAAGAAUGAACUAGAUUUUGUUACCUUAGUUUUUGGGAAACUUGAGGUUCUAUUGCUUAAAAUUACAAGGUCGAGGAAUCUUCUGUCACUGUUGUUUUUUGCGUCUGCCAUAGUUGUUGAUUUCUUAUUUCACAAUAUCGAGCUUGUUGAUGAGACAUUUUUCUGUUACAAUUUAUAUCAAAUUCACUAUGGAGUACCCCUUGAAACUUUUCUGGGCAGCAAGAUGCCUUUAGAAUCUCCUGAAGGAAAGCAAUAUUACUUAGCUA